AUGAGCACCUGGAUGAACGACGCAGUCCCGAACCACAAUGGCAACGGCUUCCCGCACAUGAAUGAUCCCAGCGCUGCCAGUGCCAUGAUGGACCCUUCUGCCUUCAUGGCCAACCCGGGCCAGUUCAAUCCGGCCGCCCAGUUUUCCAAUCAACAGCAGAUGGCCCUGCAAAACGGCCCGAUGCGCCACGCCUCGCCCGCCGGCUACCAGGCAUCUCAGGUCUACCAGACCAAUUCUGUCAUUCCAUCAAAGCGGCCUCGGCCCCGUGAGGAUUCCAUCUCCGGCUCUCCCAGGCAGAAUCCGGGCAUGCUUCCGACGUCGCGCUCCGAAACGCCGCAGCAGCAGAGCUUCCCCGGCUUCCAGCCUGGCGCUAUGCCGCAGCAGAAUGCUGGCCAAUUCUCCCACCUCCAGACCAACGGCUCGGCUAACGCAAGCCCCUCGCCCAUCAUGGGCAACCAAAUGCGCCCAGGUAGUGUCCCUCAGAGGGUGGCGACGGCCUCGCCUCACCCGUUUUCCCCGGGCGCUCAGCAGUUUGCUUCUCAGACGUCGCCCAUCACCUCGGAACAUGGCACACCCCAGCCGAAUCCAUACAUGCAGAACAUGCCUCAAGGCUACAACCCGGCUUUCGCGCAAUCCCCAUCGAAUCCGCGCCCAUCACCAAAUCCAAAUGCGAUGGCGGGCAAUCCCAUGAUGGCCCAACAAAUGGCUCAGAUGGGACAACCCAUGGGCCAAAUGCCAGCUGGCAUGUAUGCUCAGUUGCAGCAACAGCAGCAGAUUCAACAGCAACAGCAACACCAGCAACAGCCCCAACAACCCCAACAACAGCAACAGCGACCCCAGAACCUGACUGAAGGGCAGAAAAUGGCCGCGUAUCAGAUGCGGCUCCAACAGCAACUCCAAGGCAACAUGCAAAUGCAGGCUCAAAUGCAGGCUCAAGGCAUGGGCCGCGGGAUGAUGGCGAAGCAGCCGCAGAUGCCUGGUGUACCAAAUGGCCAGAUGCCUCAAGGACCGAUGCGACCUCAACACCGACCAACUGGCAGCAUUAACGGAGAACAGUUUAUGAAGAAUUUGACCGGGCUCAUGAAUGCUAAAGGCCUUCCAUUAGAUCCAAAUCCCAUGAUCGGGGACCGGCUGGUCAAUCUGAUGAUUCUGUUCCAAGCUGUUCAGCAAAAGGGCGGUUCGAAGUCGGUGACCGUUGCCAAUGGCUGGGGCCAUGUCGCUCAGGCUAUGGGACUUCCGGCGCAGCAGCCUAACGUUCCCUUUUCGCUCAAACAGAUCUACGAGCGUAAUUUGUCCAAGUUUGAAGAAGUCUGGAUAGCCCAGCAGAAGCAGAGAAUGAUGCAGCAGCAACAAGCGAAUCUUGCAAACCAAGUCGCGCCGCAAAAACAGGCCCCGCCGCCUCAACAUAUGAAUCAGGGUCAAAUACAGCCGGUGCAACAACAGCAGCCGCAGCCGCAGCAACAACAACAGCAACAGCAACAGCAACAGCAACAGCAACCGCCGCCCCAGGCCCAUGUACAGCAACAUACUCCUGUGAAAUCUGGUCAACCCUCAGUCAACGGCUUCUCCACUCCUCAAACUCCACAGCAGCUUCAGCAGCCAAACGCUAUCCCUGGCCACAAUAGGAACAGCUUGUCGCGCGGCAUUGAUCCAGCUGGACCGAAUGACUUUUCAAUACCAUCGCCAGCUCACUCGCGGGCGGGAAGUAUGCUUAUGGGGCCAGCCGACGGCAGACCGGUUGGUGUCAUGAAUGCCGAGCAGCAAAUGCCACGGCCUCCCCAGAAGUCGGAUAGCUAUAAUCCUUGCGCGCGAGAGCUUUCCACGUAUGGCGGUGUCGACCUCCACGCAGCGAAUUUGUUAGGCGCAGAGCUGGAGCGGUGGAAGCCAACUGUUCCUCCAGUAAACGACCUUGGUAACAUUGAUAUAGCUGCGCUGACGCGUAGCCUGCAAAGUGGCAUACACGGAGAAGUUCGUCUUGCUCUGGACACGCUUGCGACAGUAUCCCAUUCGCCGAACCAGGCACAUUUCCUACAGCUGCGAUACUGCGAUGACUUGGUAGAUGCGCUCAUCGAUUGUGCGGAGGAGCAGCUCGAGCUAUUAACAGAGCACACGGCAGAAGUAUCCGAUGAUAUCCAGCUCACCCCAUACGAGGAGGUUGUCAGAGCAUGCCGGAUUGAGCGAUGGGCAAUUCGGGACGUUCCCGCCUUUGGCACCGACGAAUAUGAACUUGACCGAGCCGUCGAUCGAUUAGUGUGCAUCUCAACCAUUUUACGAAACGUAUCUUUCCCGGGAGAGCAGAACGACAACCACAAUAUUCUCGCUGAUGAGUCCGUCAUCAAGUUUCUCUGCACUGCCAUUCGGUAUCUCGGCACCAGGACAAUGCUUCUCCGAACUCAUAACAAUACUCUUGACUUCAUGAAGGAUGUGGUCGUCCUCCUCUCUAAUAUUGCUAGUUCGGUCGAAAUACCCGGCCGAGAACAGGCAUUGUGUCUUUUGCAGUUCUUGCUAUCAUUUGCUCCGGUUCCCAGUCCAGUAUUGACCAAUGAUACACUUUUCUUCACCAAUUAUGACCCAAGCGUUCAUACCUACCUUCCCCAUGCGGUUGAUGCAUUGGCAAAGCUUCUUGCUCGCGACGAGCCCAAUAGAGGUCAUUACAAAAACCUUUUCGCUUUCGAUGCUGCCAACGCCACUCCGCACGAGCUUCUUACUCGGACAUUUGCGCUGGCAAUCUCACCAAUUCCAGACAAAGUUCGGGAGCGCGAUCGACCGGCAAAUUUCCCCUCACUCGUUGAGGUACGGAAGCCAUACCUGAUGCAAGGCCUGUUGUCAGCAGAAAUUCUUGCGUCUCUAGCACCCGGCGCUGAGUCAAAUCUCGUCAGGAGCUGGUUGAAUGCGGGUAACGGCCUGGCGAACAACCUGUUCCGUCUCGGCCAGGAUCUGAGUCGCACGUACGAACAGCCACAACAAGCCUUUGGUCGUGGAGCAGGACGGGCCCCGCCGAGGAAAGAUCCUGAGCUUGUCUACAUCUCUGUCCUUGCGAUUGCUUUGCUUAGGCGGUUGGUGGAAAAGUCGAGAGAUCCAAAUAACCCAGCCUUUUCAGCUGCUGGAGCCUUCUUACCGACCGGGCAGGCGCUACUGGAGGCCCUAUCUAUGCAUAGCCCUGAAUGGUCAAAGGAGGGCUUAUUGCAGCAUUUGUCAACAAUCACAACUCUGGCGGGCUAA